AGAAUACAGUACAGCCUACAGGGGGAGACGGGUAGCGACAGAAAUUUGGCUCGAAGAUAGCUGUCAUGGCGUCCGUGCAGUAGUUGGGGGAAGGAAUAUUUUCCGUUCCUAUUGGAAAUCCGGAUUAAAAUUUUCCCUAACAGUUCUUUUGAAACCCGUUCCUUUAUUCUAUUUUUUUGUUUUAGUUGUAUGUGCUGUGAAUGGAUUACUCAUUUGCUCAUAUGUUAGGGAAAGUUUAACGUAAACUGUGCUGUAUCGCCGUGUCAUGGAAAAAUUCCAUAUUGAGUCAUUCAACAAUGGCCCGGACGUCGGAAAAUGGUGAACAAGAGGGUGAGGGAAGUUCUGCUGGUGGAGUGGAGGAGAAAUGGAUUGCCAGAGAUGGUAUCAAGCAGGAAAUCUUAAUUGAUCUGGACCAGUCUUCCUCUUCCAUUGGUGAAAAAGAUUGGCCUUUUAUUCCUGCUGUACCUGGAUCAGACAUCACCAGUGGAAAUGAAGUGGUCCAGCAGACUGUUCUCUUUGGGUCCAACAUCUCUGACCCAAUCAACAAAGAAAAAAUGGAAAAACUGUUGGAUAGCUCCACCAGUAUGGCAUCAAAGAAAAUUGUUUCUAACCUGCUCCUGGAGGUUGACAAAUUAUCAGACACUGAACGUUUGCUUCUCUACUACAAGUUACCCCUGGGCAGGUCUACUGAUAUUGAUCCUCUCAGAAUGCCCUUAAAUCCCCUUGGCAGCCGGCCAGAAAUCAUGCAGACAGUUGUUUGGAUUCAAACUCACUUGGAAGAAGAUGUAGAGGUGUCCCUUCCCAAGCAAGAAGUCUAUGAAGAAUAUGGGGCUUAUUGUACGGAAAAUGUCAUCAAACCUUUAUCCACUGCCGACUUUGGAAAAGUUAUGAAGCAAGUGUUCCCUAAUGUGAGGCCAAGGAGGCUUGGGACGCGUGGUCAUUCCCGCUAUUGCUACUCUGGUUUGCGGAAGAAGGGUGAAUUAAGCCCACCCAUUCUGGCCGAUCUUUUCUGCGAAAGUGAAACGGACCAUCAGAAAAAUGCUCAAUUGCAGAACAAUCAAACUCCGGUCACGGACACACCAGAUUUGAUGAAUGAACGAGCUUGUAUUCUGGUCCGCGAAUGGGCCGGGAAGCUGCUUGGCAUCAACUUUAGUGGAAUGGGUGACCUAGCCAACUAUUUAGUAGACAAAUUGUACGUGGACCAACAGAGUAAAGCUGCGACGCAAUGGAGCAAACUGCGCACUUCACAAAGACAAAGCGAAGACGAAAAUGAAGUUAAAGCAGAAAAUGGGUGUGAGCAGGAACAGAUGAGAGAAUUGAAAAGAAAAUUACAGGAACAGCAACAUUUAGCGACGAGAAGGCAAUCCGUGCAGAGUCGUCAUAGUAAAAAGACAAGAGUUUCUAGUUCAACUGCCUCGCCAUUGCCUCAAGCGCCGCCAGCGGUUCCGCUUCCCGAGGAGACAGAGCCCAGAGCGUCCAAUAAAAAAAGCUGCACUCGCAGCAAAAGAAAGCAGCGAGGGGAAGAGAAUAAAAGAAACGUGUCUGUAGAUUCUACGGAAGUCGAGGGCACGGCUUCUACGCCUACGUCAUCUGCUUCUACGUCCUCCGCGCCAAACCAACCUGCGGGCAAAGUGGCCAUCCCACGUCUUGCCACCAACCGCAGCCCUCGCCCUACAUCUGCUAUUCUACUCUUACCCAGCCACUCCCAAUCUCCCAGUCCCACCAUUAGCAAGCCAAAGUUUGUUGCAAUUCAACCAAAGCCACUUUUUGCCAGUGACAAUGGACUGGCCGCGCCAUCUCUGCCCCAACUGAAGGAGGAGGAAACGAGCCGCCAGGCAGGUCCUGAGCCUCAGGAAGGCUCGUGGGUUGAGGCACUCGCACACAGUUACGAUGAUGAGUUAGCACGUUGUUGGUCUCAACCCGGAGAGGCCAUUACCGAUAGCCUCAGCCCUAAGGUGCAGAACCCGGAGCUUUCCCAACUGCGUGUUCUUCUGGAGCAAAACGAGGCAGCUAAGAAGAAGCUAGCCACAUCAGGACUGUUGGAGCGUCGCAAUGUUCGGUUCGAGACGCCAUCGACCCUUACCGAUCAAAACGGAGUGGGCAACGGUAACAGUGGGGCAGUUCCUCCCAGCCCCAACACUCGUCGAAUGGCUUUCAAUUUCACGCCGAUCUCUCCCCGACUGACGCCCGACGUUCCACCCUCGCCUGGAUCUUCUGGCCCCGUGCAGCUUCGCCAGCUCUUGUCAAAUCACGGCGGUGGUAGCGUCGGUAGCCCAUUUGUUUCUCCAGGUCAAACACCUGUUCCGUCAAGUUUACCGCCAUCCCAACCCCAUUCGAGACACAAUUCCGGACACAUUGCCAUGACCAUGGACACCCCGACUUCUUUCGUUACAGAGGCCAGUAGCGUCAGCAACGAUUCGGCCUUUGUAUCGCCGCUCAAUACGCCGUUAUCGGUUAACCGAUCGCGCCACAAUUCAGCCUCUAAUCUGCUGGUCAAUCGAGUUCGUCACUCAUCCGGAGCCUCAAUUACAGUCCGUCACACGCCAUAUGCAACGCCUUCUCUGAUGAAUCACGGUCAAGAUGGACUGUUUAAUGCCUCUGUGCGCUCACGUCACAGUUCCGGUGGAUCACCUUCAUUGCCUCGCUCCGCACCUCUGUCGCCUCUCGUUCAAUCCUUCCCGCAACAGACGGAGCCAAGUGGUAGCGAGCGCAUCCGCCAAGAUUUGCGUCGACGCCACGUUUCGGCCGGCGUAGUUCUAGGUUUGAGUCCUCACCAAAUAUCGGCCGCCGGCCGAGUUCAGACCACGCUCAACAAUGCUGUGCCACAUUGGGGUAGCGACCCACUUGCCCAGGAAAUUGAGGGUCUUCUAGAUUCAGCUCCGAGCAUUGUCAAUGACUCGGUCAUGAAUCGCUCCCAGUCUGUUCCGCCUCACCGUAUGUUCCAGCAAUUCCAGUCUCAAGUUGGACAAGGCUAUGCGACCGCGUCGCAACCCAGCACGCCCUUCGCUUGCGGCAGCAGGAAUUUCACAUACAACGCAUCCGCCACCAGCAGCCCGUACAGCUACACGGCCACGCCCGUACCCGCCGAAUGGAACGAUUUCAAUUCGAAUGCCAACAAUGGCGAUGCAGGAACGGAGGGCUUCGUUCAACUCGAUGCUGCCCAACAGGAACUGGAAAGCUUCAACGAAAUCAUUAGCGAGGUUUACGCCAAUAAUCAUCAGGAAUUGGCACCAUGCCUAGAUGGAUUAGAUGCGGAAGCUUUACAAGAUCCUUCUUCCGCCAAUUUUCCCCAAAUGAAUUUUCAAGGAUCUAAUUCUGCCGUGACCAAUAUGGAUUCGGAUCCUUCGCUGAGUUGCUCCGACACAGGAGACGGCUACCCUCUCUCCGAUUUGAGCGACUCCGUGACACUACCCGGACUGAUGGGUCCAGAAGACUUAGCCGCCACGUUGGUGGCCCUGAAGGAAGCACCUGAGUUGAAUCGACUGGUCCAGGAUGUGGUCGACGGACAACAGUCUGUCGCCGUCCCGCAAGGAAUGUGA